CCCGCCUGACGUCACGGGCGCUAUAAAACUCCGCAAUGCUUUAAACUCUCCUGCCGGAUCAAACCUUUAAAUAUUUUUCAUCUUCUUGCUGUAGCUUUGAGGCCGAGUUGUUUUUUUUUUUUCUCUCUCUCUCUCUUUUUUUUUAACUCUUAUUAUUAUUAUUAUUUUGGUUGCGAUACAGACUUUGAUUUUUUUUUUAUUUUUUUGCCUUCGCUCUCUUUCCCUCCUCCCUCCCCCGAUGAACCUCUCUCCUCGCUCUGCACUUUGCAGGAGAGAGCCCAGAGGAAAAGCACCAUGAAGUGUUAAAAAUAACAAAACAAAACAACAACAACAACAAAUUUACUCGCAACAACACCAGCUAACACUUCCAGCUGCGGCUCGCGAGCUGCGAAAGAGCGAGAGGAGAGAGAGAGAGAGAGAAGGGAGGGAGAGAGGAGGAAAAAAAAACCCUCUAUGCAAAAGGCGAAUAGCGAGAGCCCCGCGCUCUGAUGCAUCAGCGGAGCCUCUGCGAGGGAUAACGCGGAGCGGGAGAGGAGCCGCCGGGGCGGACCGGAUCGGAGGCAGAGCAGGAGAGCGGAGCGGAGCUCGCCAAAAAUCAAGCUGGCUCACCCGGUGGCGACUCAGAGCAGCCCCCUCGCUCCCGGAGCGCACCCUUUCUGGAGGACUCUCGGCAGCAAAAGGAUGGCAUCAGAGCUGGCGAUGAGCAGCUCCGACCUGCCCACCAGUCCCCUGGCCAUGGAAUAUGUUAAUGACUUCGAUCUGAUGAAGUUUGAAGUGAAAAAGGAGCCGGUGGAGACCGAUCGCAUUAUCAGCCAGUGCGGCCGCCUGAUCGCCGGGGGAUCGCUCUCCUCCACCCCGAUGAGCACGCCCUGCAGCUCCGUGCCCCCGUCCCCCAGCUUCUCGGCGCCCAGCCCCGGCUCCGGCUCCGACCAGAAGACCCACCUGGAAGACUACUACUGGAUGACGGGGUACCCGCAGCAGCUCAACCCGGAGGCGCUGGGCUUCAGCCCCGAGGACGCGGUGGAGGCGCUGAUCAACAGCAGCCACCACCCGCUGCCCGGCGCCUUCGAUGGCUAUGCUAGAGGGCAGCAGCUGGCCGCGGCCGCCGGCGGCUCCGUGCCGGCCGAGGAGAUGGGCUCGGCGGCCGCCGUGGUGUCGGCGGUGAUCGCCGCGGCGGCGGCGCAGGGCGGCGCGCCCCACUACCACCACCACCACCACCACCCGCACCACGGCGGCGGCGGCGGCGGCGGCGGCGGGCACCCCCACGCCGCGGCGCCGGGCAGCGCGCCGCCCUCCUCCGCCUCCUCGGCCGCCGGCUCCGGCUCCGGCGGCGGCGGCGGCGGCGGCGGUGGCGGCGCCGGGGGGCUGCACCACCCGCACCACGGCGGCGGCGGCGGCGGCGGCGGCGGCGGCCUCCACUUCGACGACCGCUUCUCCGACGAGCAGCUGGUGACCAUGUCGGUGCGGGAGCUGAACCGGCAGCUGCGGGGCGUCAGCAAGGAAGAGGUGAUCCGGCUGAAGCAGAAGAGGAGGACCCUCAAAAACAGGGGCUAUGCCCAGUCCUGCCGCUUCAAGAGGGUCCAGCAGCGGCACGUCCUGGAGUCGGAGAAGAACCAGCUGCUGCAGCAAGUGGAGCACCUAAAGCAGGAGAUCUCCAGGCUGGUCCGGGAGAGGGACGCCUACAAGGAAAAGUACGAGAAGCUGGUCAGCAAUGGCUUCAGAGAAAACGGAUCCAGCAGCGACAACCCUUCCUCUCCAGAGUUUUUCAUGUACCCGAGAGAAUCAUCUACAACGGUGAUGUGAAAAUCCCUGUUACCUGAGGUCAAAAAUAAAAGAAAAUGUGAUGCUGGACUGAGGAUGGCUUAGAACAACCUUCUGGCAUGAAGACAGCUACAAAGCACAAAAUACAAAAAUGAACUCAGAAAGAAACAAGAAAAAAACCAACAUUUUCUUGGCAUCAACAAGAAGUUCUUUAUUUUUCCUCAAGUUUUGUUUUCUAAAAAAAAUGGAACUAAGACAUUUGCAGAAAUGAGACAAACUUUCUCUUCAGGUGACAAUAUUCAAGCAAGCAUGUUGUUUUAUUGAAUUUAAAUGGAAAGAAAAGACAGAUUUGGAAUGGGAUACAGUAUCAGGAGAACUGAGAAACUGUGAACUUUCAAGGAAAUAAAACUCCUUAAAACUGUGAACCGAGAAAUUGAUGGAAAUACCAUUUAAACCCCUGAUUACACUCUGUGUGUUCUUGAGGAGACAUCAUCAUCUGUGCUAACUCGAAAUACUUAGGGAAUGGUUUACAACAUAUCUUUUAUUGUAAUCUUUUAAGAAAAAAAAAAAAAACAGAAAUAUUUAAUUAGCUGUGACUUUACCAUUGCUGUUCAGAUGUCUUCCUGCACCUUCUUUUUCUAGACAGCUCAGAUGUACUUGCAGCCAACAGUCAAGGGCUGAAAAGAUUUCUUUCCUCAAUAAUCUUUUGAUUUGCCACACCCAAUAAAAUCCUUGUAGGGAAAAAGAAUCAACACAACUACCAUCUCCCAAUCAAUACCUAAAGCCUAACAGACAGUAAUUAUCAAAAUAAGGAGGAAAUCCCAUAUUGGGCUACAUAUCUACCCAUUAAUCAAAACAACAGAAAUUAACUGCAGAAUUGCUUUUUUAAAAUAAGGCAGAAGAUGCCUCCUUGGGUUACACUUUGAACAGGCUAUAAUCAAAAGAAAGAGAACCGAGACUAACUAAGCCCCAGGAAGCUGCAUUGUCCCUUUAACCCACAGUAUUCCCCACCUCCCAUUAGUACUUAACAUUUUUCACUAUGUUGUGACUGCUAUUAUUUCGUUUAACACCGGUUAAUCUGUAUCUGAGGUACAUGGAAACCCUCUAGAUGAUAAGAUUGGACAGGUUCCAGUGCUGGCAGUUUCCGAGCGUGCACACACUCGUGUGUUUUGAUCCUUCCAGGAGCUCCCUGCUAUUUGGCCUGGCUGCCAGCUCGUUCUUGGAUCAGCCUGUGGCUCAGCUCCCAGAGGGCAGCGGCGCUGGCGCUGUCCUGUGCCUGCUGCGAGGGCAGGCAGCGGCAGCAGUUGUUGAAGUACAUCCCGCCCAGCCCCUCCAGCUCCGCCGCCGUGGCGCAGUACACCGUCGUGGCAGCUCCUUGUUGCUGCAAUAAUAACAAAAAAAAAAAAAAAAAAAAAAAAAAAAUUAAGAGGGAGAAAAUAAGCAGAAUGAUAGAAAUGCAUAGAUGUUUUAAAGUUUAUUAUUAUCGUUGUGAUUUCCAGCACAGCCCUUUGGAGCUGCGUCUGGUGCAAGCAGGGUGACCUGCCCGGUGACAAGGCUGCAGCUCGGCUGCAGGCAUUUCUUCACAAACCACUUCAGUGAGGGCUUCUUUCUUUUCCUUCCCUCUAAGAGCAGAAGAAAAAGAGAACCCUGAACCACAGCCCCAAGCUCAGGUGUUUUGCCCCUUUUCGGUAAACACCUGGAUUGGUGGCAGGGGCUGCCCAGGUGGUGUUUGACACCAGAACAGCUGAGCCAGGUUUAAAAGCAGCGCCUCAAAACUUCCCUUUGCAUCACAGAAAUCAUUGACCAUAUGCCCAGGCACCCUGACCUGCAGCCUGAUAGAUGGAUUUGGUUUGUUUGGGUUUUUUAAACCUCUCGUGCAAAAUUAACCUGGGCACUCCAAUUAAGACCUAUCAUGUAAAGUGCAGUCGGGAUUGGUGCCAGACCUGCCCGUGGAUCUUGGAUCAACAGUCCAAGGCAGUUGUCACUGCUGCUGCGUGAGAGCAUUUGACUGCUGCAGGCACAGACAGGGCUGGUUCUGCAGAGACACGAGGCUUUCCAGAGGAGUUUUGUUCAGUAACAACAUUUCUCAUGUCUUAUAAUGCUUUAAGAAAUGGAGUGGAUAGAUUAGAGGCUUUUGUGGAUCAGAAGGGAUUUUUUAAUUUUUCUUGCUUUUUUUUUUUUUUUUCCUUUCCAUUUCCCUAUUUUUUUUUAAUUUAAAUACCAAGUGAACUUAUGUUCAAAGAGGAAGAAUGGGUUUCUAUGAAUUGUCCCAACAAAAACCUACAGAUGGAGGCCAUGGGGUUGGGGCAAGCACCCUGGUGUGGGUGAUGGGCUAUUCCCUGGCACAGACUAAAAGCACAGUGCCAGAACAGCUGGGGAGAGGGCAAGAAGCUAUUUUGCUUAGUAAACUAUAAUUAAAAAUAAUAGGUGAGAGCGCAUUAGCAAAACACAACACUAAUUUAAAACCGAUAGAGUUUAUCUGGCAUCUUAUGAUUAUUUAUGUACAUCUUAGUCCUUUCUGUGGUAACAAAUUAUGAGCUGAUAGGAAUCAGAAUAAAGAGGCUGCCAAGUGCAAUUGAAAAAGUAAAUGAAGAGAAAUUAGUUGUUGCCACAUUAAGAUAAUUUAAUGGGAUAAGAGAAAAGGCUUCAAUCUCUUGUGAUUUUCCUCCACUCCUUUGUUUUUUGGCCUUUCAUUGUCACAGCCAAGGAAACUCAGGGUGCUGCUGGGGGGGGUCAGCCUGCAGAGGACCUCUACUUUACAUUCUCAUCCUUCAAGGACAGGAAGCAGUUUAAAAAGCCCCAGUUCUCCUUAUUUGAGACAUCUCAACUUUGUAGCAACAAAGAAGUGCAUAUUUGUUGGCAAGACAUGCAUUUUCCUCAGCAGACGGGAUUAAACUGAUAAUGAUGACUCCACAACUUAGAAAUGAUCUCCCAUCACAAGGUAAACCAAAACUGUCUGUAUUAAGUAUUUUGAACGGCAUAUAUUUAUCAACAGACCAAAAUAUUUUUAAAGUUAGUAUAAUACAUAGUAAUCCUCUUAUUAAACCAGUAUCUUUUUUUAAAAAAAGAGAAAAUAUCUUAAAGGUGGAAGGAGAAAUAGAAGAGAGUUCUACUAAAAGUAAUAUUAAUAGAGAACAAUAAAAUUUCUAUGCUCAUUUCAACUAUCCUAUAAAGCUCCACAGUACAGGUAUGAUCACUGUAUUCAGCUGUUUAGAAUGUCUCAAAGCCCCUAAAGAGUAUUGUUAGCUUUUUGCAAGCAAUUCAACUGGACUUUCAUUAGAAAGGUAAAAUUAAACUGAAUUGCUCAAGGCAGAGUGAGAGCCCUCAAGCUAUUGCUGAAAAGCAUCUGUCCAGCCAAGCUAAACUCAGGCUAUCUCUCAUAGACCUCAGCUAAUUCAUAAAAUGGAAGUUUAUCAGAGCCAGUUUAAAAUCCAACCCAAACAAUAAUUUAUCUUUUCAAAUGAGUCGAAUUUGAUGAUGUUUAAACAAAAUUCUCGGCAGGCAGAAAAACACCCCAGAGCACAAAAGCAGUGCUUUAUACCUUGAGCAUUGACACAAGCUAGACUCCAGAAGAAGAGAAUAGCUUUCCCUGUGUGAGCAUAGGAUAUUUACUUUGAGUGAUAAAAGAUUAUGUGGCUGGAAGCCCAAAGCACUUUAUCUUGUGAUGCCUCCAGUGUUUUGCUGAGAACUGGAUGUAAGAAACGUGCCAUUUGCUUUUUGGCUGUGUGUAUCCUUACUUCUUUCUAAAUGUUUCAAUCAUGUUGGCUGUUUUGGAAGAAGAAAAUUCAAUGGUUCUAUCAUUGAAAGAAAAGUACCUUUCUUAUUACUUAAGAGAAAUGCAGUCAUAUUUAUCCCUUGGUUGACAGAGGGUAAAGCUUUAGCAUCUCACAAUUAUGGACAAACAUGAACUCAUCAAGCCUAGGAGGAUGCUUCAGACAGCAAAACUAUGUAACAGGAGGUAAAUCCCAGAUUCUCAGAGCCACUUAAGUAUCUAAUUCCCUUUGUGAGCUGGUUGCAUUCAGACACUUGAGGAUCUGCCUAAGUGACUUGUCCAAGGACUGAGAGGAGUGAGAAUCAGUCACAGGAAUCAAAUCCCAUUUUGGGUUGGCAGGAGUAUCAGGAGGUCUCCAGCCCAACCUCCUGCCCAAAGUGGGAGGUGUAGAAGCCUCAUAUAGGCCAUGCUGAAUGGGAAGGUCCCCUAGGCAUAAAUCCCUCCUUUUCAUCUACGAUCCCACGAACCUCUGCAGAGAGCCAGAGCUGCAGAUAAGUGCAAACUGCCUGCACUGCUAGCCAGAAACUGCUCUGUUUCUCAGCAAAUAUUGUUUAUCCCUUAUGAACACAGUCCUUUGAAUGACAUCUUUAUAAGCUGGGCCUUAUGACAGUCUAGUAACAAGUUUUAAUUUUUUUCUCAUCAGCUUUCCCGUUCACAUAUCAUCAGCAUACAACAGCAGAGGAUGUUAGGGAAUCUAAUUAGUAAACAAUUCCAUGCUGCUGAUACAAGAUGAAACAUUCUUAAACCAAUAAAAAGAGCACUUUAAUCACUGUUGAAUGACUUUCAAUGCCAAGCGGUUUGUGCCAUGUCAGAACAUAAUUUGAGGAAGAUUAGAGUACUAUAUAAAAGAAUUAAUGUUAACAACUUUGUUAAAAAAUGUCUUAAACAAUGAGCUUGUCAGUUGUCACAGACUCUCCCUGAUCCAUUGUGAUUAAGGCCCCCCCCCCAACAAUUGCAGCAGAUAAACAAUGCUAAAAGCGUCAGGCAACCUAAACAUUUUUUUCCAUAGGUCCCCCAGUUGUACAGGGUGCUAAUCACCAGAGCUGGGGUCAGCCUUCUUUAACCUGCAACAAAGGCAGCGGGUUGCAAUAAUGAAUACACAGGAUAAAGAAUUUGUGAGAAGCCCAACUGAAUCUUUAAUCAUGCCUCAGUGCCAUUUCCGAUCCAGUCAAACACGUGAAAGCUGCUGGGCAAGCACCACGCUAUCAAUCUUUCCAGUGCACGUAAAAUUACCCAGGAAUCUUGUUUUGGAUUAAGUUGAAGAGUGUCUCAGUAAUAAGGGUUCAUCAUUCUCUUCCGCAAAUCAUUUGUCAGUUUUGUAAUACAAUCUUCCUCUGCAGCAGGGUGGGAUUUAUACAGCAGUUGCUGUUUAUUUAUAGUUGAGGCUCAAAGAUCUAAAUUAUCCAUCCUUCUAAAAUCCUUUGUUGAACUGAAAAUACUAAGUAGCUACUAGUUCAUAGGCAUUUAUUUCAUAACUGCAAGCAGUCAAUUUUUAACUGAUGGCACUGAAUGCAAAUUAAUAUCAAAUAACUUAACGGUAAAACAAAAGGGGUUCUUGAGAUACAGAACAUGGUAAAACUCUCAUUAAUAUAUGUAAUGCAUCUGUUAGUAGUCUGAGAUACCAUUUAUGUUCCUGAUAAGAAAACAUAUUACACAGAUAAUGUUUAGUUUUUAGAUUUGUCUACCUUCAAAUGCAUGUUUAUUUUCUAAAAUUAGACUUUUGUUCUGAAGCAAGUUUACAUUCCAAGCACAUAAAUAAUAGAAACAAAGCCAUAACUUAUCUGUAUAUUUAUCAACUAUGAAUGAAUAGGACCCACUCUGAACUCUGUUAAGAGCACACAGCACUCAACAUUGUCUGCCAGGGAGAUGGGAUCAGCUUAUUUGGAAAGGAGGGGUUUAUUUUCUUAUGAAAAAUUAAGGAUAAAGGCCAGUUAUCUUGGUAGCCUGAGGUUAAGUUCAGCACAGAGCAUUUGAAAAGAUGGCCAGUGGAAAGAGGUGAAUUCAAAAUGUCAUGAGAGGAGAGUAUUUGUGACAAGGGCUAGAUUCAAAGCAAGCAGCUCAAGUGAAAUAAAAAGGCAAGUCCUUAAAACUCUUCAGGCUGUUCCUGUUAUUCAUAUCAGGACUAUUAGACAAAGCCAACACACCCCUAACAGUAGAAUAACAGACCCACACUAAAGCACUGUGCCCAUGCCAUUUACAGCCAAAUAACUCAUUGCACAGCAGUGUCAGGUAGAAUCAGAGUCACUAAGGUUGGGGAAAAUCACCAAGUCCAACCACUGACCUAACCUAGCAACCAAGGCAGUAUCAACAUAUUCCAGAUAUUAAACUAGUGGGGUGUCCCAUACCUUCCUGAGCCUCUGAUAAACAUCCUAAAGAGUUCAUUCUGUUAGAGGGAAAAGCUCCUCACCAACUGGCUUCAGCAGUGGCCAUUUUCCUGAUUUGAUGUAAAAUAUAAAAUCUCCUUGGAAUUACAAACAAAAUGAUACAGAAUCUGUUUCCACAACCAUAUUAUCCAAACCAAACCCUAAAGUGACAGCUGCAGUUUUACAUUCCUCGAGCCUCACCUCCUCCUGGUGGGAAUUAGCACAGGUUUGCUGCCUUCUCAGAGGCUCCCCAGUUGGAGCAGUGGCUGAGGAUCUGCUCCAUUGCUUGUUGUGACCCUGAGGCUGAUGCUCAGGGUGGGCAAGUUGUGCUGCCUGGGGGCAGCUGGGAGAAAACUGCCCUCAGAAUGGAUUUGUCUCCUGGUAUUGCUACAAGCAAUUGCUACAACCAAGCUGGGAUUGUGGUGCAGAGCUUUCUCAAACUACACUUAUUCCUUUUUCCUAUCAAGCCCAAGUCCUUGUGAACAACAUGGAGCACAAUGACCUCUUCUGAAAAACACUAGCACAUCUAAAAUCCUCAUGUCCUCAUCCAGGAUUCCUCAGUAUCUGAGUUUUUAGGAGCAGUCCUAAGAGCUGCUUGGUGAUAUCAUCCAUGGCUGAGGCCAGCUGUAGCUGAGAGAGCCACUUCCCAAUGCCAGGCUCCUUUUCCUACUGGGACCACUCAGAGCUGUGAGGAGCAGUCACUUUUCCAACAAUGCAGUGAACAAGUUUUAGUCUUGCCUGUGAGAUGACAGGAGAACUGUUCAGUUCCUGCUGCAGCCCUCUUACUCAGAGGAUCCCAGAUGCACAGUUACCUUAUGAAUAACACUCAGAAUAUCUCUGUAUGAAUGUCCUGUAAGAAAACAGGAUUCCUUGAUUGUUUUUUCAGCAAGGAAAUAUGAAAUUGAGACCUUCCUUUGCUAUUUUGGGAGAGCAUGAAACUGAAAUCAUAUCUGCAGCUCAAAAAGUAAAACUUUGGAGCUGCCAAAUAUGAUCUAAACUCCAAACUGGGCUCAGUUGACUUCAGGUCCUAUUUCCACCCCGAGUGCCAGCAGGAAAACGUGACCUGAACUGACACUGUAUCUACAGUCUUUUCAAAGCUCUCACAGAACCACAUCUAAACCAGAGGUUCUCAACCACCUCACCUUCCCCCAUCACCACAAUUAAACCAGCAAAGCAUCUCUUAGAAGAUAACACAGUGAAUAAACCAAAAUCUAUAAGGUCUGCUUUAUUCCCCUCUAAUGUAUUCCUUUUUCAACUAAUUCCCAACUACAAAGACUCAAAAGUCCAUCAGCCUCUCUACUUGCAAAGCAUAGUUGGUUUCAAGCUGUAACUUUUCUUAGUGUCAUUAAGACCCUUACACAUUUAUAGUAUUCUUUACAUACAUUAUAGGAGAUAAGUGUGCUAUGUUCUUUGAGUAAGGAAACUGCAGUAGUUCAUGAAAGAGGAUUUGUUUUCAACUGCUGAGGCAUUAAGACCUAGUGAUUAUUUCAACUAUUCAGUAUAUGCAGCUAUAUUUAACUUACAUUCUGGGAUUUAACUUUGCAAGAGAAAUCGUGUUCAUUGUAAUAAAUGUAUUUUGAUAAUGCACCAUGUUGUUUGUGUUAUGCAACCCCCAGUAUGUUCUCAAUUACAGCAAUGGUAGCACUUGAAAACUUCCAGCCUCCAACAUCCAGUAUCAAACAGAUUUUCUGCAAUCAUUCCACAGGAGAAAAAAAAAAUACAAUACAGGACAUCAAGUCAGGAGAACUGGGCUGUUUUCCUCUUUUGGACUUUUCCCUUUUCCUUCCCUAGUGAGCUUGGACAAGUCACUUCAACUCCAUGUACCUCACUUCUCCCAGCUAUAAAAUGGGGAGGUUAGUCUUCUUUACCCACCUCACAGGGGUGUUGUGAGGAGUCACUCAGAUUUAUGGAGUGCUUUCACACUUAAUUUGGAAAAGCACUGCGUAAGUAUAAAGUGUUGUAUUAUAAACCAUUGUUAAAAUGUGUAGAAGAUGUAGAACAAGGUUGGCAAAGUAGCUGACAAAAAUGUAAUUAUCUUUUAAAAUCAUGCCUAUUUUUCUCUAUUGUAUAAACUUCAUUCUUUAACCUGUGAAGCUGUCUGCUACUCCGGGUCCUGUUCCAGUGUCUCCCCUCUCUCAUCCAUCCAGUUUUUUGCCCAGCUCACAGAGAACCUGGUAAAACUCUUACUAGCCAAAACAACAGUGAGUUAUUAAAAAAUGGAUGCUUUAGAGGGAAACAGUCCCUGAAAUCCAUGCAGUCAUCUCUCCCACCCUUUGCAUAUGCUAGGCAGAGCCAUCAUGGCAUACCAGGGGUGGGAUUCAGUUGCCUAACAUGGAUCUUGAGACAUCUGAGCUGCCUCAAGAUAUCCCACGUGCUCCACAGCUGUCUUUCAGAAGGGCAGAUAUUUCCCAUAGGUCUGGUAUUGUAUCUGCCAGCCCCUCAGGGAUAUCUCAGCUAAAACCACACAAUGGUUAAGACAACACCAGACUGUGCAGCUUAAAUGCUUUUGCCACAGCACCUGGAAGGGAGCUGGUUCCCACAGGCAGCACUGUAUUUCUUUUCCAGAAUCUUAUUGAAGUCCAAAAUCAGCUUCUGAAAAAUGUUUCAAGGCUGACAGAGAGCCACCUUAAGCUCUAAAAACGAUAACAAAGUCUGUGGCUUUACCUUGCUCUACCAGCAUUUCAGGGCAGGAGCAGCAGCACUUCUCACAGGCCUCUUUAUCAACAGCACAUUUCCAGGCACAUCAGAGCUGCAAUUCCUUCUGCUGCCCACUGAACCCCCGUUCACACCUGAUUUACACUUUUAAGACAUCAUUGCUCCACUGAAAUGGCAGCUUUGAACACUGCAUGCAAAUGUCUCUGAUCUUUUCUUCUCACAGGCUGGUAUGGAGCAGUGGAGCAGUGCAGCAGCAUUCUUCUCCUCAUUUCUAGAUCUGGGAAAAAUCCCUGAGGAAAAUUAUCAAUUUUCAUUUCAGAGAGUAACAGGGUAAGGGUGAGAUCAGGUUGAAGAAAUGGUGCUUCAGUCCAUUGCUUGCCCCCUGCCCUGUGUGCCAGCACUGCCCGGUGGAGUGAGAAGCAAAGAGCAUGUCAGGGACAGUCCCUGGGCAUCCCAGCUCUGCUGGGAGCUGCUCACACCUGAGCAUCCCUGGCAGCUCACCUCCUGUGCUGCACAUUUAUACAAACACGAUCACAAACACAAACUCCACCACAACUCGUUGGCCACAGUCAAACUGGAAAUCCUGUGGAGGACUGGAAGUCCUCCUGAGACACAUAACCUGCCAGCAAAAGGUGGAUUCUUCUGGGCAAGGGCAAUUUAAAGAGUUGAGCAAACAGGUUGUUGACACCAAACAUAUCCUGCCAAAAAAGAGAGAUUAGAUACACUGCUGCAACUAAAUCAUUAGAACUGGUCUGGCUGGUGUUUGGGCAUACACAGAUGAGAGUUCAUUGAAAUGACUUCUGUUAUUAACUUUUGCUGAAUUGAAAUGUUUUAUGGUUUUGCUGUACUUUAAUUAUAUAUAUACUUUAUAUAAAUGUGUGUAUACAUACAGUACUGUAUAUGCUGUAUAUAUUUAUAUAGCUUUUUAAUACUAUUACUAGUCCAAAUUUAGACUUUUUCAUAUGCAUUAUUGAAAGAAUAUCAUCACAAUGCUGACAUCUGGCUUCUCCCUUCAUUGCACAGAUAAUUUUUUAGACUUUAUUUCAGAUACGAGUGAAAAAAAAAGUCACGUAACGCAAUGCUUUUUGAGGAAGUGACCUUUUGGGACAGAUAUUUAACGAGCUGUUUGUUUAGGUUUUAAAGAUAAAGACUGUUUUUCAUCUGUUGAUACACAAGCACAUACACACACAGACACACAGUUCAAUAACAAUGCAUUGAGAAACCACAGGGUGUUAUGAUGGGGAAGUAUCAUGGUAAGAAAGUAACUACCAACUCUGUCUUCCAGAAACUACUUAAGGGAAUGUAUUUUGCAAUAAUACAGAUCUAGCAAACAGGCCUCUAAAGUCUAGGCUUAGAGCUGUAAGCCAGGCACUCCUGUAUUAUGUAUGUGUGAUUUUCAUAGCUAGCCUGCUGUAAAGCGUGCCCUGUUAGUGCAUCUUUCAGGCUCAAAGACACUGGUCUUGUUAAUAUUUCAUUUAGUACAUACUGUAGAGUCUCAUUUAUAUUACUUCUAUAAUUAAUGGUGAUAGCUUAGGCACUGCCUUCACAAGGAGAGAUCCCUGUAUGUUGGUCGAUGGGUAAUGAGAAACAAUAGAUAUUUCAUUCACCAGCAGCUUGUUGCUAGUUAGUAGGAAAUUAUCGUGUGUACUGUUGCUUUAAUUGCCAGGGUAAAUAAUGCCGCCGCUGUGUUAGUGAACAUUUUAAAGCACUUGAUUCAAAUAGACUAGAAACAAAACACAAAAAAAAAAUUACCUUUAUUAUGCUAUACCUUAGCACAGGGAGUUUAAAAGGUACGUCUUAAAACAUUUGCGUUCUAUCAUGCAAAUAUAUCUUAAUAUGCAUGUGCUGACUAUUCAACUACUGUAUUUUAGGAAAUACAAUUAUGCUGCCUUUCUCUUCUCCUAUGUAGACUGUAAAUAACUGUAGAUCUUUCUCUUGUUUUCCCAUGUAAAUAUAUGUAAAUAUUAACAAGCUAUGCAUGCUGAUAUUCUAGGCAAUUUCAGGUACUUUUAUAAUCUGAAGGCAUGUACUUGAACUGGUUUGUUAAAAAAAAAAAUCAACUCUCUCAAAUCCUUUAAAGCUCAUUAGAAAUUAAAGAUUUCUUACUAGACUGGUU